AUCUGAUGUUUUAUGAAAGAUCAGAUCGUAUCCAUGGACUUAGAUGGGGACCUUAGAUGAACACGGCCAUCAUAAUCGUCGGCGAUUCCAACUCCAUCAAGCAGAAUGAUUGAUAAUGGUGGGAAGUAAGAACAACAACUAGCAAAGGUAAUCACUUUCAUUUCGAUUCCCUAGAGAGACUCUCUUCCUGAUACUAAUCACAGAUUAACAAUGGUGACUACUGUAAUCUACUCCAUUUUCACGUCUUUUGUUCUGAUUUCAACGGGAUUGUAUCAUCUCAUCUUCGCCACAAGAACCCACCUUCGAUCCCCUCGCGAUUACUUCGCCAAGCCCUACCAUCCACUCCCAAUCCCUUCUUCUUCUCCUCAUCAUCAACGUCUCAGACAUCUACAGAUCUAUCUCCUCAUUAUCUUUCUUCUGAUAGCCUUCACCCGUCAAACCCUAAUUUCAACUUACUCCGAUCCUCUCCUCAAAGGUCGAACCCCUGUUCAUCAUUUCACCUCCCUCCAGUCUGCAGCUGUCAUCUUCCUCUUCCUAAUCCUCUCUGUAGUCCUCCUUCUAACCGAGACCACAUCCAUUCUAUCUAUCCCCACUGAUCUUUUCUUCGGCCUCGCGUCCGUUACCUUCUUUCUCCAGUACUUCGUCUCUUCCGCGGCUGUUUCAUUUCAGACAUCCGAUCUCCAAGCCAAGUGUGAUUCCGUGUCUGCAGUCAUCUCUGCACUCUCCGCUAUAUUUUGCCUCGUUCUCGCCUUCCAUCCGAAGCUUUUUAUUGCUGAUGUUGGCCUCGGCGGCUCCAUUUAUCUGCAGGGGCUAUGGGUUCUGCAGACGGGUCUAUCUCUGUUCGUGGAUGCCUUCAUUCCUGAAGGUUGCCACAAGCUGUUGGACGUUGUAGGAGGUGUAGAAGGAUCUACAAAAUGCGAAUUGGACGAUAGCAAGCUCAGGGCGAUUGCUAUUCUUGAUCUACUGUUUGUGAUUCAUGUUGGGUUUGUAGUCGUUACUUUUGUGAUCAUCUAUGCAGCUUUUGCUAAAAGCGUUGGAAACAGGAGGAUUGGAGCUUAUGAAGCUUUGCCAACUCUGCCUGUUGUGGAAGCUAAUCAUGUCCAGAUGAAGGCAUUGAGUGGUACACAGGCCUGAGAUUAGGUUAGGCUUUUGCAUCUCUGAGUCUUAUCGAUUUUGUAGGCUUUGUGAUUGUUGUCUCAUUUGGAUGGAUAAACAUUUCAGAACUAGAUGCUGUAACCCAUAUUAUCUUUGUGUUGUAUACAAAACCAGAUCACUCUUUCAUUGUUA